AGCAUUUUUCUUUGGAAUGUUUCAACAACAACAAAAAAAAAGGAAGACAUCAGAAUUAAAAUAUACUAAUAAUCACUAACCACGAUUGUUGAUAGCCAUUUCUAGUUGGAAUAUAUUGAUUAUGUUGGUUAUAGUUGGUGGCUCUGUAGUGGCAAUAUAUUUUUAAUUUUGGAAUUAAAACUCAUACUAAUUCUAAAAGUUGAAAAUUGAAUGUAAAAGGCAUUGACUUAGUAAAAUGCAUUAGUUAGCAUGCCAUGUCUUGAAACGCGUCUGCUCUACAAUUUUCAGUUGAAUUAUUUUCUUUUCUUGUUAAAAGAUUGUACACUAUGGUUUCUCUUUAAUUAUUUCAUAAUCUUCUUGUUAUACACAUUGGUUAAAAGUUUUCAUAUUUGAUUAUUGGUUCAGUAUCAGAAAAGUAUUUUGAGUAAUGGAACAACAACUUAAAGUUUUUCCUAUUCUAGUGCUGCUUCUUUUCCAGGUUUUGCUUGUUGCAGCACAGACAGACAGUGGAGAUUUUACUGCUCUUUCAUCUCUGAUACAAUCCUGGAAAAACAAACCAUCAGAUUGGGUGGGUUCUGAUCCAUGUGGAAGUGAUUGGGAUGGAAUUCGUUGCACAAAUUCAAGAAUCACCGAAUUGAAACUACCUGGCUUGAAUUUGGUGGGUCAACUGUCUUCAGCAAUUCAGUCCUUAUCUGAACUUGAUACAUUGGAUCUUUCAUACAACACAGGCAUCACAGGAACAAUUCCACGAGAAAUUGGGAAUCUGAAGAACCUCAAUUCCCUGGCAUUGGUUGGUUGUGGAUUCAUUGGUCCUAUUCCAGAUUCAAUAGGAUCCUUAAAGAAGCUGACCUUUUUAGCACUGAAUUCAAAUAAAUUAAACGGAAAUAUUCCACGCUCUCUUGGCAAUCUAUCCAACCUUGAUUGGCUAGAUCUUGCUGAUAACCAGCUGGAAGGACCUAUUCCUGUCUCUAAUGAUCAAGGACAACCAGGUCUUGACAUGCUCCUUAAGGCCCAGCAUUUUCAUUUGGGGAACAAUAAACUCUCAGGUCCAAUACCACCAACACUUUUUAACUCUAGCAUGAUUCUAGAACAUGUGCUUUUCGACAACAAUCAAUUAAAUGGCAGUAUUCCUAGCACUCUGAGUAGUCUUGUGAACACAUUGGAAGUGGUGCGUUUUGAUAGGAAUAAAUUAAGCGGGAGAGUGCCUUCUAACUUGAACAAUCUUGAAAAACUUAGCGAGAUCUAUUUAUCUCACAAUGAACUGAAUGGCUCUCUGCCAAAUCUUAAUGGAAUGAAUAGUCUCACCUACGUGGAUCUGAGUGACAAUAACUUCAAUUCUUCUGAUAUUCCUUCAUGGGUUUCUAGUUUGAAAGAUCUGACAACAGUGAUACUGAAGGACAACCAGCUCAGUGGCACAUUAAAUCUCAGCAGUGGCUAUAGCAGUAGUCUGCAACUCAUUGAUUUGCAGAAUAAUGAUUUGACCAAUCUUGAGUUGGGAAACCAAAAAUUGAAUUUUGACUUGAGACUUGCUCAAAACAAAAUUUGUCUUGAAAAUGGAGCUUCUGAAAAGAGUUACUGCAAAAUUCCCCAAACCAUUCCCUCAUAUUCAACACCAACAAAUGGUUGCUCACCUCCUUCAUGCAGUGACAAUCAGAUUGCCAGCCCCAACUGUAAAUGUGCAUUUCCUUAUAUUGGAAAUCUAUCAUCCAGAGCUUUUAGUUUCUCAAACUAUAGUAACACAAGUUACUACAAGGAAAUUGAGCAGUCCCUGAUGGAUGCUUUUCGAAAACAAAAAAUUGCGGUGGAUUCAGUUUCUCUUAGUAAUCCUAUCAAGAUUUCAUCUACUGAUAAUUUUCAGUUGACUCUUAAUAUCUUCCCGUUUCAAACCGACCGUUUCAAUUCAACUGGAGUUUCAACUACUGCUUUUGUGCUUAGUAACCAAAUUUACAAGCCUCCGGAAUUUUUCUCCCCUUACUUCUUCAUUGGUGCUAACUAUGAAUAUUAUGGAGGAGAACCUAAAGGAUCAAAGUCAUCACAUACUGGGGCUAUAGUUGGUGCAGUACUUGCUGUGUUGGUCUUUCUUGUACUGGCAGUUCUUGCAGGGAUGUAUGUCGUUCGCCAAAAAAGAAGAGCAACAAGAUCUUCCGAGGGGAACCCUUUUGUAAACUGGGAACAGAACAAGAGUAGUGGAGCUGCUCCUCAGUUGAAAGGAGCAAGAUGGUUUUCUUUUGAUGAGAUAAGGAAAUACACCAACAAUUUUGCAGAAGCCAACACUAUUGGAUCAGGAGGUUAUGGACAGGUUUACCAAGGUGCUCUUCCUGGCGGCGAAUUGGUUGCAAUCAAAAGAGCUGGAAAAGAAUCGAUGCAGGGAGCUGUUGAGUUUAAAACUGAGAUUGAACUUCUAUCAAGGGUUCAUCAUAAGAAUCUCGUUAGUCUUGUCGGAUUCUGUUACGAGAAAGGCGAACAGAUGCUGGUCUAUGAGUAUGUUCCAAAUGGCACUUUAAUGGAUAGUCUUUCAGGAAAGUCUGGGAUCUGGAUGGACUGGAUAAGGAGGCUCAAAGUUACAUUGGGUGCCGCCAGGGGUCUGACCUAUCUACAUGAACUUGCUAACCCACCAAUCAUACACAGAGACAUAAAAUCAAGCAAUAUCCUACUUGAUAAUCACCUCAUUGCAAAAGUUGCUGAUUUUGGUCUCUCCAAACUUCUUGUUGAUAGUGAAAGGGGCCAUGUUACUACUCAAGUCAAAGGGACAAUGGGAUACUUGGAUCCUGAAUAUUACAUGACCCAACAAUUGACUGAAAAGAGUGAUGUAUAUAGCUUUGGUGUGCUAAUGCUGGAACUAGCAACAGCAAGAAAGCCAAUAGAGCAAGGAAAAUAUAUUGUAAGAGAAGUAAUGAGAGUAAUGGAUACAUCAAAAGAAUUAUACAACCUUCAUUCCAUUCUAGAUCAAAGUAUACUCAUAGGGACAAGACCAAAAGGUUUAGAAAGGUAUGUGGAACUUGCAUUGAGGUGUGUCAAAGAAUAUGCAGCUGAUAGGCCUACAAUGGCUGAGGCUGCGAAAGAGAUUGAGAGCAUAAUUGAGCUUGUUGGAGUGAACCCAAAUUCUGAAUCAGCUUCAACAACAGAAACUUAUGAGGAAGCAGGUGUAGGGGAUGCCAAACAUCCUUAUGCGAAUGACGAUGAAUUUGAAUAUAGUGGAAUCUUUCCAUCAAUAAGGGUAGAACCUCAAUGAGUUUCCAUCCUUAUGUUUCCAUAGGCUGUGCUUUACAAAAAUUCAUUCUCUGUAUAAAAUGAUGAGGUUUCAACCCAAGUUGAUUGGUUUUCAUAGAAUGGGAAGUGCAUUGUUAACAUUAACAAUGGAUUUGUCUGAAUAGAAGUAGAAAAAUGUAUUCAAGAUUGUACUUUAGUCAUGAAAAUAUUCUUGUGAAUUUUUGAAUUGUUUGUAAUAUAUUGGAAUUUGAACAUUGAAAUUUCAAAAGACAGAAUGGAUAUAUUUAUUUUCUCUUA